AUGGCAUUGACAGAUGACUACUUAGAGCGGCCUCGAGGAGCCAUCGCCGACAUGUGGGGGCGCUACCUGGAGAGCGGCGAGUAUUCCGACUUUCUCAUCAGCUGCAGCGGCCGCGACUUUCACGUCCACCGGCUGGUGAUCUGCCCCAAGUCGAGCUAUUUCCGCGUCCUGUGCAAGGAAAACUUUAAAGAGGGCAUCUCCCAGAAGCUGGAUCUCGUCGAUGAGGACCCAGAUGUGUUCCAGUCCGUGCUAGCCUUUCUGUACACCGGCAUCUACGAGACUGAUAAGAUUGCGGGGUCGCCAGCAGACGCCUCGAUAGAAAGCGCCCCAGCUGCAGAGGGAAGCUGUGACUCGUCGGUCGACUCUGAAAAUGACGAUGAGAGCCGCCGCCAGGGCCGUCCAGCCACGACCGACGACAUCCUCGCCCACGUCCAGCUCUACGCGGCCGGCGACAAGUUCGAUAUCCGCGACCUGAAAGAAGUAUCGUCCAAGAUGUUUCGCAACCAGCUGCACCGCACUCCCGUCGAAAAUCUGGACAUUCCCCUGAUUGUCCAGAUUGUGUACACGUGCACCCCCAACAACGAGGCCUCGCUACGCCCUGUGCUGAUUGACUACUGCGUCCAGAACCUCAACGCGCUCCUCGUGCAGCCCGAAAUGGCCCUGGUGCUCGCUGAAAUGGGCCAAUGCGCCUUUGAACUGCUGCGCGCGUACAAGGAGGAAGCCGACCUGCGCUCCCGCAAAGCAGUCGAAGACCAGCGGACCGCCGUGCUCGAGAUUAAAAAGGCAGAGUCGCAGCAGCUGCGGGAGUCGUUGGCCAAACUGCAGAAGCGUGACACGCAUCUGAUGGAGAGCCUGGCUUCGCACCACAACUGUCGUAAUUGUGGAAAGGUAUUUGGGGCUGGACCGCAGGUGUAUGGUCCGAUGAGUGACCGGGUGAUGCUGAGGUGCAAGGGCUGCUAUACCAAGCAUUCUUAG